CGGCGGUUCACCUCGAUCUGCUCACUCAUCUCAAACUCACCUUACUUCACUUUCAGUGCUUAAUUCACCGCAUCACACACUCCUGAGACCACCCUCCUCUCACCUCCCUUCUUCCUCUCUUCCACUCCUCUCUUCCUUUCCGCCAUUCCACCUUCAACAAGCGCUCUCUCCAGUGCCCUCAGAGAACAACGACCGUCCUUCAUUCGGCGCACGCGAUCUUUGUCCUCGACCCUGCCCGUCCACACUCUCUCGAGUCUGGUCAUGCCUAUUGUGUCGCGAUCCGGCCUUUGAUGGGCGCACCUCCACCGCUACCCUCGUAACCUUCGAAACUGUUUCACCCUGCACAUUGUCGGCAACAAUGAGCCCCAUACCCAAGGCUCACAAUGUCUUGCAUACCCUGCUCCGGCGUGAGGAGCAAGAGGUCACCAAGCCGACAGAUCCCCACGGUCUGGUGCUCGAGGCAUGGGCGGAAGGAUACAUGAUCGGCUCCCUAAUAAUCAUGUCUUGCAUAACACUGGCCAACAUGCGCAGAGGGGUCUUGCUGCACAAGCUCAUUUUGCUCGAGCUUGUCUUGGGUUACUGGCAAGGCUUUUUCAUCCUCUUUGACCCACCCGUUUACGCCUGGUGGCUAUCGGUGGCCGCCAUAUUCCUCAACAUCUCGUGGUCCUUGCAUAACGUCAUUGCUUGGAUGAAGAUUCGACCUUUCUUGAACAAGACCGCUAGCCGCCUGUUCAUUGGCAGCAUCAUCCUUGUCCAGCCAUACUGGGUGGUGGAAAUAUAUGCUAACUUCACAUAUUUCCACAACGUGAACACGGUCUUCUUGAAGACAAGACCAUGGGAAGCACUCUGUCGGGACCCUUGGUGGGUAUUGGCCGCCUGCAUUUUAUUCUACAACAUCAAAACCAAAUACGACCUCUCCAUCACCCAGAUCGUCCGAAUCUCACCUCGAUUUGCGGUCAUGUUGGGUGCAAUGAUUCUUAGUAUCUGCUUCAUCGUCCUCGAUGUGCUAUCGGUGACUUCCGCACUCAAGUCUGCGCUACCGGUUGGUAUCAACCCGUUCUGGAAACUGUCCUUCGUCUUCAAGUGUCUGACGGAUUCCGUGGUCCUGGACGAUUUCAAGACGGCCCUGGACCGCUUGAGAGCUUUCAAGAUGAGCCGAUUGGGCAGUUUUGCCAUGGACGGAGGAGAUGCUCGAGCGAAGCAACAUCUGGACGACGUGAAACGAGCAAACAAUUGGCCAACGCCACCUCCGUCGGGAGACCGCCCUCAACCAGUCGCCCCUCUGCCAACGAUGCCUGUAAGCCCUGACGGAGAUUACAUCCAGCCGCCGUGGGGAGACAUCAAGGCUGGUCCUACCGACCACAUCGAAGAUCGAUAUUCCGCUGUUGCGAGAAACGCAUCAAGGGAUCGUGACGCCGACGAGAACGGUUUCGAUGCGAUCGACUAUGGUGAUCCGCAAAGAGAAGCCUCCGACGCUCAUAUACUCAGACCUCAGACCACCUGGCUUGGGAGGAGGUCAUCUGAAGAGACAUCCGACGCAGAUAUUGAAUAUGCCAUGGCCGUAAGGCAAAUGACCAAUGAUUCGAUGGAGACUCAACGAAAACGAGCCACAGAAAGAGGGACUGGCCGAUAGUUCUUGCGAGCCGGUAUCAAUCUGAGCCCAUUGUGGGGCGUUAUCUGCGAACGAGCAAGCAGCCUUCUGUCUACCAAGUGCUUUACUGUCUCCCAUGGCCCGGAUCCCUUCUUCAUCUCGACGCGGGUUGCCAAGAGAGGGGAAAAAUGAUGCAGGGGAAACCGAGCUGAAGGAUUGUUGCUUCGCGGAUCUUGAGAGGACGCACUGAGCUGGACUCCUCGACCGUUCUAACAGUGAAGCAAACAGUGCAGUGGCCAUUUCGUUGCUUGCUCGAUUUGUGGGCCCCAGGAGAGAGCAACAUGAACUGCUCCAGGCCAAGAGAUUUGCCCUGGGCAGGGUUCUGAAGAACUACUCCGUAAAGGAGCCAAGAUGAGGACGGGUCGUCCGACCAUCUUCCCCUGGGAAGUUGCUGUUCGUCGACAAAACCGAUUAAGGGAUGCUGAGCAAGAUCUUGCGUUAAUGAUUGAAUGUGAUACCCGGAGCUGCCGACACUGUAUAUAGCGAAAUGAGGAAAAUCUGCUGAUGACAAGGACUUUCCCG